UUCCUCGGAUCAACACACCCCGCGUGUAGACCGCCUGAAGUUGCCCGCCACAGCCGGACACGAAGACUGUCGGAGAGCUCGAAAUCCUGACCACGUUAUUUGAGCUGAAUUCCCAAUCUCUCCCUGAGUGAUGUCUGGAAACCACAAAGGAUCCAACCCCCCUCCCACCACCUCCCAGAAGCACCGUAACUUCGUCUCGGAGCCCAUGGGGAACCGUUCCGUGAGGGACGUCCCUGGGAUCGGGUCGGCGCAGGGUCGCAGGUUGGAGGAGAAGGGUGUCGCUAGGGCUGACCAGAUGUUGGGCCAGUACUUGGUGAGCGGCCGGGACCAGGACCGGUUCCAGAACUAUCUGAAGGGGGCCUCGGGGGCCAACGCCAAGCAGCAGAGAGACGCCUACCACGGAAUGAAAGAGUGGACCGAGAAUAACAUGUAGAUCAGAAGAGUCACCAGAAACUCCUCUGUUCUCACCCUUUAUUUUUUAUUUUCCUCCAGUGGUUCUGUUCCCAUUAAGUUUGCCUUUGGGUAAUUUAAUCUAUUAAAUAACCACUUUCACAUAUAGCUAGUGCAUCUAUAGACUGCUAGGUGGGACAACCAAACAAGCCAGUAUCCCCCUUUUUCUUUCUGUUCCAUUUUUCCUUUCAUUUAAGGUUUAAUGUUCUCAAUAAACAUUAAGAUGGGUGUUUUUCAGCUAAGACUAAGGGAUUUCUGGGAUGUAGUUGGUCAUUUAAUAAAGUGUAUUAUUGAUUA